GUUUAAUUAAGUUUUUUUCAAUUACUCCUUUUAUUUACAUCAGUCCUGAGCCAAAUCUAGAUAUCAAGGUCUUCCUAUGUUGUGCUGCUGUGGCUUGUAACUACGGAAUUGUAAAAAAGGAAAACUGCUUCAUAACUGUGACUGUGGCUUUUAAGAACUGCAUAAGUAAUUUCUAAGCAGCUCAAAUAGUUUUUGCAUCAUACCUGCUGUUAUGGCAAAAACAGAACAAGAGAACCAAACAGAUAUUGCAGCUUUCCAUCUGCUGGGAUUUGUUGGACUUGGAAAUCUACAAGUUCUACUCUUCUGCCUUUUCUUAGUUAUCUAUAUUAUUACCAUAGUGGGGAACAUCCUGAUCGUUUUGGUUGUUAUUACUGAUUCCCAUCUUCACACCCCCAUGUAUUUCUUCCUGAGCAAUCUCUCUUCCCUGGAAAUCUGUUACAGUUCUAACAUCCUUCCAAUGAUGCUGGCUAAUCUCUUAUAUGGUAGGAAAAGGUCCAUUUCUAUAACUGGUUGCAUGAUGCAAUAUUACUUUUUUGGUAUUUUAGGAGUUGCUGAAUGUUGUCUACUAGGGGCAAUGUCAUAUGAUAGGUGUGUAGCAAUUUGUAAGCCUCUGCAUUAUACAAUACUUAUGAAUGGCAGAAUUUGCCUCCAGUUUAUAAUUGGAUCAUGGAUCAAUGGCUUAUUUGUUAAGAGCAUAGUUUUAUAUCUGAUACAUCAAUUGAAGUUCUGUGGCCCCAGUGAAAUCAAUCAUUUCUUUUGUGAACUGAAUCCAAUAUUAAAGCUAGCAUGCAGUGACACUCACAUUAUUGAAGUACUAACUUUUUUCAUAUCUGCUUUGUAUAUCCUGCUUCCUUUCUUCUUGACUUUGGCAUCUUAUAUCUUCAUUAUUUCCACUAUAAUGAGAAUGUCAUCUGUGAGUGGGAGGAAAAAGGCUUUUUCAACCUGCUCCUCACACCUCAUGGUGGUGUCCAUUUUCUAUAGCACCUUAAUGAUUGUUUACAUUUUUCCCAAAACAGAUGGCCUGCGUAAUAUUAACAAAGUGUUGUCUCUGUUUUAUACAAUCCUGACCCCUUUGUUCAACCCCCUGAUAUACAGCCUACGAAACAGGGAGGUGAAAGAGGCCCUUAAAAAAGUGGUUGCUAAAUUGUGUACAAUUGGAAGGAUAUACCACCAUAAUCUAGCAUGAACAUUUUUUUCAUGUUAUAUUAUUCCUCAAUGGAAUGAAGAUUUGGGCUUCUCAAGAAUAUAAUCACAUUGAUGGAUUUCUCUAAAACUGUAUUAGGGACAUUAAAGAAUUUUGCCAUGAUUAUGUCCUCCUCACCUGAGGCAGCCAAAGCAGGGUGAAUGGCAUAUCUCAGUGAAUUUUGUUAGCAUUCAUUCUAAUUCAAGAAAUGAAGAUUCUGAUGGGAUGUAUUCAUUAUUUUUAAAGGGGCAGCUUAAAAUCCAGCACAUUUAGAAGAAAAAAAAAGAAUUUCACAGAAAGGCUUUUUCUCUCUGGAGCAACCACUUGAUUCUUAGCAAAUACAUAAAUGGCUGCUUCAAAGAGGUAGAAGCAGAGGUAAUAUUGCUGAUGACUUUGAUAGUGCUGAGUUUUAACCCUUCCCCAUUAAACAUCUGACCUUUACAAGGAGGAAUUUGGAAGGAGCUGUAGGGAAUUUCAUACCAAUCCCAAAGCUGCUUUUAUUGAAGUUAUUGAUCAUGACUAGUAGAGGUUAACCUUUAU